CUCCCUGCCUCAGCAUUCUGACAAUGCCUUGAAAUAUCUUACUUUUGAUCAGUUUAUUUCUGGGCUGAGGUUCUCUCGCACACAUCAGCAAUGGACUGAGCUCCUGACCAUUAGACAGCUCCCUGUACAGACAACCCACCUCAUCCUCCUCCUCCCCCCCCCCCCUUAUACAUCCUGAUCUCUGCAGGGGGCUCUGAUUCCUGCCUGGGGCUGUGCGUGAUUCCAUCCUGACGGGUCCAUGGAGAAAGUCCAAGAGGAGAACGAGACGGAGCGAUGGGAGAGACCGGAGGAGAUCACCGACAGCGAGAAGGACAUCAUCAGGGAGACCUGGGGACGAUUGUACACCAACUGCGAGGACGUGGGGAUCUCGAUAUUGAUAAGGUUCUUUGUCAACUUCCCGUCUGCCAAGCAGUACUUUAGCCAGUUUAAGGACAUGGAAGACCCCCUGGAAAUGGAGCGCAGUGCUCAGCUGCGCAAGCACGGCCGGAGGGUAAUGGGAGCGAUCAACAGCGUUGUUGAGAACCUCGCGGACCCGGAAAAGGUGGCCACAGUUCUGUCCAUCGUGGGGAAAAGUCAUGCGUUGAAACAUAAGGUAGACCCUGUAUUCUUUAAGAUCCUGACCGGGGUGAUACUGGAGGUCAUUGCUGAAGCGUUUGCCAAAGAUUUCACCCCUGAAGUACAGCUAGCCUGGAGCAAAUUACGGAGCCACAUAUACAGUCAUGUACUGGCGACAUACAAGGAGGUGGGCUGGACACAGUACCCCAGUAAUUCGGUGUGAGCACGUCCAUCUCCCAGAGAGAGCCAAGCCAAGGACUUCAGAUCCUAGCUAUCUCAGAUCUCUGGGACAGCUGGGGGAAUACGGGUGGUGGGGGAUAAUAGGCUUGGGUAGCUGGGUGGGCAUGGGGGUUAUAACUACAGGGUCUCUACAACACAGGGGGGGAUGGGCUUUUUAACAUGGCAGGAAAGUACGAUAUGAUUCAUUUGACCUAGACACAAAGCAAAUACAGUUUAUACAACCGGACAAAAGUACAGAGUCAAUGUCCGCGGGAGGGAGCAGAGACAUAUCAUUCGGAGGAUCUAAUGUUUCACAGCGCAGCUUCCAUGUACAUCAGUAAGGUAAUAUUUUACCAGUGGAAAUCUCUAGCAUUGUAAGCCAGGCUAUUUUGAGAUCGCCCUUGCCCUGUUAGUCUCUGUCCCAUAUUUUCCAUGUCUUCUAUGUUCUAUAAGGCCGGAGAGAAACAGAUGGUUCUUAACAGCUCGUAAAUGGGGGCCCCUCUGUACAUGAAGGGGUUAACGUUCCAUCACGCCCGCUCCCGAUCCCACCGUUUUUUGCUAGGCAUGCACUCGUAUAUGGCAAAUAUCCUUCUUUUCUCAUAAUCUCGCUGGGCUGGUUCUCAUUCCAUCAACCGGCUUCACGUGACCAGCCAUAUAUAUAUAUAUAUAUAUAUAUAUAUAUAUAGAAAUGGGUCAGCCAUUUUUCUUCUUUUAUCUUCAGUUAUCAAAGAUUCUCUAUGGGACCAAAUGUACAAGGAAUGUAGAUUUAUAUGGGAUAUAUUAUCGUAUUGUAAAGAAGCAGUAUCAGAUUAACCUCGCAGUAUAUGAGAUGGGAAAUGCUAUCACCCUAUGUCACUUACUAGGCCCAUAAGCCACAACGAAAGGACGAAGACUCUAUGGUGGAAUGUUUUUUGGAUGGUGGUGUGGGGAGUGAAAUUGUGGAAUAGAAAUGUAUACGCACCUGGCCUGUGACAUAUUGUGUCAAAAUGUGUCUGUCCAUAUAUAUAAUGUUCUGUUUUACUGUGAUAUAGAAAUAAAAACAUACUAUUGGAUCUAUAAUG